GCGCGAAGAUAUAGUCCGUUAUAUUUUCGGAUGUCUUGCUGAAAGUGCACUCUUGACAAUAAUAAUAACUGCAGCUAAAGAUAAAAUUUGGUUACAUUUGGAAGUGAUAAUUCUCAUCUGAGAAGUAAAGUUGUUAAAAGCCUCGUAAGACCGGUUCGCAGCGACGCGUAUAUAAUGGCCCACGUGCGUGUAGCCAUAAGCCGUUUUUUCUCCCCGAAAGCCGGCAUUUUGAAGUUACCCCUUAUUCCGUUGAGUUGCAGCUUUGCGACAGCCGCCGGAAAAAUGGGCCUUCCUAAGGUGUUUUUCGAAGUCACUGCCAACGGCGAGCCUCUGGGACGGAUAGUAAUUGAGCUGCGAUCGGAUGUGGCCCCGAAGACCGCCGAAAACUUCCGGGCUCUUUGCACUGGAGAAAAGGGCUUUGGCUACAGCGGCAGCACCUUUCACCGCGUCAUCCCCAACUUCAUGUGCCAAGGAGGGGACUUCACGAAUCACAACGGCACCGGUGGCAAGUCCAUCUAUGGCGAGAAGUUCGAGGAUGAAAACUUUGUCCUGAAGCACUCUGGACCGGGUAUUUUGUCCAUGGCCAAUGCUGGCCCCAACACUAAUGGAUCGCAGUUCUUCCUUACCACUGUGAGGACCCCUUGGCUUGAUGGAAAGCACGUGGUCUUCGGCUCCGUCGUUGAAGGCAUGGAGGUCGUCAAGAAGAUGGAGAACUUAGGUACCCAGAAUGGCAAGACUAGCAAGAAGCUGGUUAUUCAGAGCUGUGGUCAGCUGUGCUAAGCGACCAUGUAUUAGAUGAGCAGCAUUCACUUCUUUCAUGCUCCUCCUUUGCAACACUGCAGCCACUUUUCCUUUGCCUCUCUACGUCAAAUAGGCCAUUGGUUCUUAUCUGCCUUGCCCUAAAUUGCACCACUAUUGGUAUGUCUUCUCUAAUGUGGUUGUACUUGUGUGUUGCACACACUUGGUAAAUGUGUCAAUAAAAAUCCAUUUCCACCACA